AUGGGCUGCAGCGGCGUACGACCAUUCGAGCGGCUGUACCAGCGUCGGUAUACUUCGACCACGGAUACAAGCCCAUAUGGCCAUAAUGGACGUGGUCCACACGGAGAAGUUAUUCUUCUUCAUGGAAGUGGUAAAAAAGCGCUUCAUUUCGCUGCCCAACCAAUCUGA